AAAUGUAUGGUCACGUACUUUGUUAGAAGGAAUAAAGGCACAGAUUAUUCUUUAAAAGGGAAGAAACUCAAAAAUCAGAGGUGCAAAGGGGCUUGGGGUCCUUGUCCAGCAUUCCCUAAAGAUUAACUUGCAGGUUGAAUCGGUGGUAAGGAAGGAAAAUGCAAUGUAAGCAUUCAUUUUGAGAGGACCAGAAUACAAAAGCACGGAUGUAAUGCUGAGGCUUUAUAAGGCACUGAUCAGACUGCACUUGGAGUACGUUGAGCAGUUAAGAAAAGAUGUGCUGGCAGUUGAGAAGGCCCGAAAGAAGUUCAUGAGAAUGAUUCCAGGAAUUAAGUGGUUAACAUUAAUGAGUGUUUGAUGGCUGUGGCUAUCAAACAGGAAUUUAGAGGACUGAGGGAGGAUCUCAUUUAAACUCAUCAAAUACUGAAGGGCUGAGAUAGACUGGAGGCGGAGACGAUUUUUCCAAUAGUGAGUGAGUCUGGGAAAAGAGGGCACAGCCUCAGAAUAUAGGUACGUUCAAAGAUUAAAAGAUUAAAAGAUCAUUUACGAUCAAAGUAUGUAUACAGAAUACAACUCUGAGAUUUGUCCUCCCUCAGGCAGGCAUGAAACAAAGAAACACAAUGGAACCCUUUCAAAGAAAACAUCAAACACCCAGCGUGUGCGAAAAUUACAAAUUGCGCAAACGUCAAACAGUGAGCAAACAACACAGAGAAUAUCAAACAUCAAAACAUCCAUUUAGAGCAGAGACGAUGAGGAAUUCCUUCAACCGGAGGAAUCUGUGGAAUUCAUUACCACAUACAACUGUGGAGACCAAAUCAUUGAGCAUAUUUAAAGCAGAGGUUGACAGGUUCUUAAUUAGUAAGGGAUGUAAAGGUUAUGAGGAGAAGGAUAAUAGACCAAUCAUGAUAGAAUGUUGGACACUCUCAAUAGGCUGAAUGGCCUAAUUUUGCUCCUUAUUUUAUGGUCUUAUUUUAUAAAGAUAAAGAUUAACUUUAUUUUUGUCUCAUGUACUUUGAAACCUAUAUCAAAAAGUGUCUUGUUUUGCAUCAAAUUAAAUCAGUGAGGAUUAUACAAGUGUCACCACACACCUAGAACCAACAUCGCAAGCCCGCCACUCAUUAACCCGUUUGCCUUUGGAAUGUGGGAGGACACUGGAGCACCUGCUGGAAACCCAUUCAGUCAUGGAGAGAGCCAGGGAAGUAUUAAGGGGCUGGUCAGUGGAUAAUAGAAGGGCAAGUGAAAUUCAUUCUCCUGAUUCUGAUAGAGAUUCUGCCUCACAUCAGCAAUGACCUGGCUUCAGUCCUGACCCAUUGUGGUAAACUAUGUAUACCUGUCUGGACACGCCCCUCUGCUGACUGCUCCUGUGGCUCCUCCCACAGACCCCUGUGUAAAGGCGAUUGGAGGCACUGCUCCCCCUCAGUCUCCGAGAUGCUGUGCUCUGUUUUGCUGCUAAUAAAAGUCUAUCAUUCGCCUCCUGUCUCCGAGAGUUAUUGAUGGUGCAUCAAUUUUAUUAGCAGCAAUUUUAAAACAUGGAAAGCAUUUUACGACCCGACAGAUUGGAUAUCGACCCUCAAUCUCCUGAAGCCAGCAUCGUUUUUGAACUCUGGUUUGCAUGCUUCCAAUCGUACCUAGAAGAAAUUCGUGUGACCGAGCCUGCAACGAUGCACAAAAUUCUCCUCCCCAGGGUCAGUCCGCGGGUCUACUCCCUGAUCAGGGACCUGCCGACCUACCAAGGAGCACUGGACUCCCUCAAAAGACAAUACCUGCGGCCGGUGAACACCGUCUAUGCAAGACAUCGCUUAGCGACACGGCGGCAGUGGGCCGGUGAGUCGAGCGCUGAGUUUGUCCGGGCCCUACAGACACUCGUGCGGGCCUGUGACUGCAGGGGACUGACGGCGGAACAGCAUGCGGAGCUGCUAGUAAGAGACGCCUUCGUUACGGGGAUCAGGAAGUCUGCCACUGGGACCACCCUACCGGCUUGGCUGACAUCCCCAGGGCCAGUGCUGCUCUGGAAACAUGCGAGGAGCAAUAAGUACUCCCCGAUGGUCAAGAGGGUUCACCUACUUCAUGCGAACCCCCAGUAUGCCUACGUGGUUUUACCUGAUGGGCAGGAGGACACGGUCUCCGUCCACGACCUGGCACCCACAGGAGCACCAGACCCCUACCCUGAACACUCCACGGUGACAAUGAACCCCGUACCCACCGAUGUAUAUACCCACAAGACACCGCACACACCAAGCCCUACACAGACUCCUCACGACACUCCCAUACCAGGCACCUCACACCCGCAUGAGGGAUUACUGAUGCUAACGGGCUGGCACCUCAAGUCAGGCCAGAGCCAGCACAACCACCGUCACCGGUGCAAUCACCACCGGUGCUACGUAGAUCGCAGCGACAGACUCGACCGCCUGAUAGACUUAACCUGUAAAUAUACUUGUAAGAAACUUCACCCCGUGGGGACUCUCUUUUAAAACAAAGGAGGGGUGAAUGUGGUAAACCAUGUAUACCUGUCUGGACACGUCCCCCUGCUGACUGCUCCUGUGGCUCCUCCCACAGACCCCCUGUGUAAAGGUGAUUGGAGACACUGCUCCGUCCUCAGUCUGCAGGAUGUAGUGGUCUCGUUUGCUGCUAAUAAAAGCCUAUCGUUCGCCUCCUGUCUCCAAGAGUUAUUGAUUGUGCAUCACCCCCAACACUGUCUCUGUGGAAUCUGCACAUUCUCCCUGGGACAGCAUGGGACUCUAUUUCCUCCUACUUCCCAAAGACAUUUGGGAUAGUAGUUUAUUUGACCUUUGUCAAUAGCCCUUUGAAAUGUAGGGAGGGGUAAGAACAGAAUAGGAUGAGUGAAAAUAGGUGGUUGGUGGUCAGCACGGAUUCAAUGGGCCAAAGGGCCUAGUUCCAGACUAUGUUUUUCUAUAAAUCUAACAAUGAAGUAAUACGUUUAGACUGGGUGAACAAAGCAAGCUAGAUGGACUAUGAGACCAUAAGAUAUAAAAACAGAAGAUGACCAUUCAGCUUAUC